UUUUUCGGCAUAAUUGGCAUCCUUGGUGCCCGUCUCACGUGGAAAUACAUUGUAAUUGUGCAUGAAUGUCGAAGAAAUUGAAGGAAAACGCAAAUGUUGGAGUCUACCACAACAAAAAUAUUGGCUAUGGAAUGGGUGAUUGCCAAAUAGAAAGUGGUGAAAAUUCACCACAAUUAACUAUGAAUGCAAUCAUGACUUCUAAUGCAUCCAACCAAAGAAUUGGUACAGCUCGAGAGCGAACAAUACAAGCUGUUGAAUAUUAUAACAACAAUGUGCUAAGGGCACGCGUUGGAGCUGGCCUGGCGGGUGCUCGUGCGUCUGUGAGUGAGCGUCAUUUGAUGCAGAAUCGCACCAAAGCAGGAGGAGGAAAUCUGUAUGGGCACAAUACGGAAAAUCUCUACAGAAGUAACUCGAGCUUGGAGCUGUUGCACGAUCAUGUGAAUUUGAGGAGUGAUUUUGACGCCAAUCCACCCGCAUCUGGGAGCCUGAGACGCGAAUACGGUAGUCAUGGGAGUAUCCAUGUGAUCUCCUCGGAACGUCGUACCCCCACAACGGGUGAGAGUUUCUUCGCCAUGCUCCAGGACUACCGUCCGGCGGUGCUCAAUGUUAUUGGUGUAGAUCAACGAUCACCCGGACCGGAUGAGUAUCUAAAGGGGAAGAUUGUGGAGAAUCAGCAGCAACCCAUGCCGCCAAAACCCUCUUCCGGCUAUACGCAAACAUACACAAAUCAUCAAAACUCCAACACGACAACCAAUGAGAAUACAAAUUGUGGCAAUUCAAGUCCCAAACUCCUGACGAAACUCCACAAAAUCUGGGGUCCCACAAAGCAGGGACGCUCACAGGGGCAUGAAGAAAUUAAUAAUUCAACUGUAUUAUCGGGGAGUCAGCAAGCACCAACCACAACUACUCACAAUUCCCUGGGAUACGAUGUGAAUGCAGCAACUGCCGUGGAUAUUGAGGAGAGACAGCGAAGACAAUCUUUUGCCCACUAUGACUGCCAAUCACUCACGGCAAAUUUAAUUUAUGCCGCCAAACUUCGUUCUGUACUCCUUGCAAGGCGACGUAAUACAACAACUGGAGCUUCUGCUGCAUCAAUGGUAAAUUCCCGAUCAUCCACACCGGAUGGUGCGAAGGCAGUAGAUGAGGAUUUUGGGGAUGGGCAAAGCAACGAAUUGCUGGAGAGUUGUCCAUAUUUUCGCAAUGAAAUUGGCGGUGAGAAGGAGCGCAAUGUCAGUAUUACCCGGAUACAUACACCAAAUCCACCGGGGCAAUGUAAAAAAUCCAUCCAUAUUCCCGUCCUGGCGUGUGGACUUUCCAUCCUUGAAUGUGGCAGCGGUGAGACACUGUGGAAGCCGACAACGUGCCCCUUUCAAGGGGGAACGCGUCCAAUUGAGUACGUUGACUGCGGAGCCAAAUACUAUCGGCACUACUUUCUUGGACAAGAACAUCAAAAUUGGUUUGGUAUUGAUGAGGAAUUGGGCCCAAUUGCAAUUUCACUGAAGAGAGAAAAGAUCCCCCCAAAUGUUGGCGGUGGUUGUGGUGGUGGUGGAGGGAAUGUAGUGGCUGGAGAGACAGAUGGAGGAGGGGUGGCAAUGUAUCAAUUUCGUGUAAUUGUUCGUACUUCGGAAUUACUAACACUUCGUGGAUCAAUUCUCGAGGAAUCCAUCCCAAAUCCACGUGGUGCUGGGAAGAGUUUAAGUACGAAGGAUGUAUUGGAAUAUGUGGCGCCUGAGGUACAAAUUCCCAGCUUGAGGCUCAGCGUGGGGACACCGCAGUGUGAGCAUCAGCUUGUUAAGCUCGAUGAGCAGUGCCUGACGACAAAGUACAAGGUGGGGAUAUUGUAUUGCAAAUCAGGACAAAAUUCCGAGGAAGAUAUGUACAAUAAUAUGGAUGCAAGUGCGGCUUUUGAUGAAUUUCUCGAAUGUUUGGGGAAGAAGGUGCGCCUAAAAGGGUUUGAGCACUACAAAGCUGGGUUGGAUAAUAAGACCGAUUCAACGGGGACACAUUCGCUGUAUUCAAUGUAUCAAAAUUGCGAAGUGAUGUUUCAUGUGUCCACAAUGCUCCCCUAUACGCCAAACAAUCGCCAGCAAUUGCUGAGAAAGCGUCAUAUUGGCAAUGAUAUUGUGACGAUUGUCUUCCAAGAGCAUGGAGCACUUCCGUUUACGCCAAAAAAUAUUCGUAGUCAAUUCCAGCAUGUCUUUGUUAUUGUACAAGCUGUUAAUCCAUGCACAGACAACACGCACUAUCGUGUGGCUGUGGCACGUUCAAAGCAAGUCCCGGUUUUUGGGCCACCCCUACGUGCGGGAGCACUCUAUCCCAAAGGUAAGACAUUUGUGGAUUUUCUCCUGGCGAAGGUGAUUAAUGCCGAAAAUGCGGCGCAUAGAUCGGAGAAAUUUGUCACAAUGGCCACACGUACGAGGCAGGAAUACCUCAAGGAUAUCAUAUCGAAUUAUUCCACAACAACAGUGGUGGAUACAGGGCCGAAGUUUUCAAUUUUUCCCAGUAAGAAGAAGGAGAAGCCCAAGCCACGUUUUCGGGGGGAUUUGAGUCAACGUGGUGCCUUCUGUUGGCACGUUGUUCUCCAUGAUAGUGAAACGGCAACAACGAUGAAUUGUUUCCUUGGAAUAUCCGCUGAGACAUUUGUGUUAAUUGACGAAGGAACGCGGCAGGUGGUCUUUGUCACGCCAACACGUUCAAUUUUGGGUUGGUCAACAAAUGGGAAUCUCCUGCGCAUCUAUCAUCAUCAAGGGGAAUGUAUAACGCUCAAUAUGUACGACUAUGGGGAGCGUGAUGAGCAAUUGGAGGUGAUUGAACGGCUACGGGCAGUUACGCCGGGUUGUGGGGCUCUUGAACUCAAUCUGUAUCGCAAUCCACUUGGUCAGUUGGGCUUUCACGUCCAACCAGACGGUGUGGUGACACAAGUUGAGAUGUCCGGACAAGCCUGGGCGGCGGGAUUGCGUCAGGGCUACCGACUGGUGGAGAUCUGCAAGAUAGCCGUGGCAACACUUUCGCACGAACAAAUGGUCGAUCUACUGAAGACUUCAGCUCAAGUUACGGUGACUGUUAUUGAAUCCUUUGCGGAUCGUAGCCCGCGACGGGGGUGCUUCUAUCAAAAUUGCAAAUUCAACAUUAUGAACUACGAUGAGGAGUAUGAGAAGAAUCUGUCAAGUACUGGCGUAGCCUCGAGUCAGCAUCAGCAUGCAUCUGUGUCCCCAGUUACGUGCUUGAGGCAAUGUGAGAGGAAUUUCUCACCACCACGAUCGAGUAAUAGUUCCGGCUAUGGCACAGGGAGUAGCUACAGAUCCUUCACGGUUCCCAUUGAGAAUUCACGAAGUGCUCCCGACAUGGGAACACUCACAAGUUCAUCCAGUGGGCACUCGUCAAAUGAUGGGAAUUGGUAUGAUGUUCUGCACACGGAUGAUGAUAGUUCAGUGAUAAAGAGACGAAAUUCCAAGCAUGCAAUUCAACAGUAUCACAGACAACCAAAAGACGUACUAAAUGCUCGAGCUCAAGCCAUGGCUUCAGUGAAGGUGCAUCAAGACAAGGAUGGUGGUGGUGGUGGUUCAGCUACAAAGAGACCCGUAACAUUUGACCCAAGUCAAUUUCCACGUGUUGACUAUGCGCAAAUACAAAAGGACCACACUGCGAAUGCGUCAAAAGAUCAUUCAGAUGUGGUGCAUUCAAGUACAAAUAGUCUGGAGAAGGAAUUCAAACGUCCCGCCUUACCGCAUCAUGAGGCAAGUGAGGUGAGGAGUCAAACUCCGCAAGAGGCAAUAAAUGGCAUUACAAUGGGAAAAAUUCAUGGAAAUUCAGCUGGUAAAAUGCACCCAGAUGGACGUCCGGUAUCUGAACCAAAACUCCGUUCGGGUAGUCGACCGGGGACACAGUAUAGGAAUAGUGUUCACUACACAGGAAGUAGUUCCCUUCAGGAGGAUCUAAUGAAGCUCAUUGAUCCGGAUUAUGCGCAGUCAACGAGUGAAAUGAACAAGGAACUCCUGAAUUUGGAGAAGGAAAUUCAAAAUAGCGCCAAUCUCCGGAAUAUGCGUGAUUCCCCCAAUAUCAUGACAAAUCUCAUGGAAAAUCUCGAUUUAAUGCGAACAAAAUCUCGCUCGAGGGAAGGUAUAAAUUUCGGAUCAACCUACAGUGCACUCAAUGCCCUACAGCUGUCCGGCGGGAAGCAAGAUGAUGAGAAGUCUGAUGAGAAUAUGGAGGUGAUCUUUACAGUGGCACGACCAGCGACGGUUCUAUCGUCAAAUAGUGAAGGGACAAGUCCGGCGCUUGAUACGAGAAGAUCUCAAAGGGGCGCAGAACAGCGAAAUGGGGACAAUGCGGAUGAUUCGGGUGGGCAUCAAAAGGGGGACACGAAGGAUACAGUUGACUUGCGGAAUCUCCCAUUGCUCACAAAUACCAACGACAUGAAUUGGUCAACGCUCGUUGAUACUGCUACGAAAGCUAUCUUGCAGAGUAAAGCUCUUGGCAAGGAGACACCGCCGCUGAAAUUGAAUGAAUACAUCGAUGGGAGUGAGCUAAAAAUAGACAGGCGUGGUGAGCGUGAGGUGCGCUCAAUGGUGAAUACGCCGGAGAAGAAGGAUGAGUACCGGCAUACGGGGUAUGAGGUGUCGGGAUCAGUCUCCCUUCCGGAGUUACAAACACAAGUUUCCCAGCUUGAGGAUCUCAUCAUACAGGAGACACGACGCCGGAAAUCCCUCGAAUGUGCCGUUAAGCGUCUCACGGAGGAGAAUAAACGGUUGCAGGACGAAAGUCAGGCGGCUGUUCAGCAACUCAGACGCUUCACAGAGUGGUUCUUUCAAACGAUUGUGCCUUCAACGAAUCGUGAUGAAGGUGGCUAAAUAAUUAUUUAUAAUAUAAUAAUAAAUAUUAAGGUAUUGUAAUUUUUUAAAGGAGCAUAUUUUCACACAUCUGUACACAUUUUUUUUUUAUUUUAAAUAAAUUUCAUUCUU